UGUUUGUUCUUCCUUACACAGCUCAAGAGCUCGUGGGCAGCUGGUGACUGUGAACCAGCCUGGGGUGUGUCACUAUGGUUCUAGGUUGGAUUGCUGUUCUGGAUGGAAGAAGAACAACAAGGGCGACUGCGAAGCUACCUGUGGACAUGGUUGCAAGUAUGGAGAGUGCAUGGGACCAAACAAAUGCAAAUGUUUCCCUGGAUUUACAGGGAAAACCUGUAAUCAAGAUCUGAACGAAUGUGGACUGAAGCCACGUCCCUGUGAACACAGAUGUAUGAAUACACAUGGCAGCUACAAGUGCUAUUGUCUCAACGGGUACAUGCUUAUGCCAGAUGGCACAUGUGCAAGUUCUCAGACAUGUGCCAUGGUGAAUUGCCAAUAUGGAUGUGAAGAAGUUAAAGGGGAGGUGCAGUGUCUCUGCCCAUCAGGUGGCCUUCAGCUGGGACCAAAUGGAAGGACAUGCAUUGACAUUGAUGAAUGCUCCUCUGGCAAAGUUGUCUGCUCUUACAACCGCAGGUGUGUCAACACAUUUGGAAGCUACUACUGCAAGUGCCAGCUUGGUUAUGAACUGAAAUACAUCAGUGGCCGUUACGACUGUGUAGAUAUAAAUGAAUGUGUGACAAAUACACACAGGUGUAAUCUCCAUGCAGAGUGCCUCAACACAGAAGGAUCCUUCAAGUGCAAAUGUAAACAGGGCUACCGAGGAAGUGGAUUUGACUGUGCUGUUAUCCCUGAAAAGUCAGUGAAGGAAAUUGCAAGGAUCCCUGGAACAGCUAAGGACACAAUUAAGAAACUUCUUGCACAUAAAAACAGUGUGAAAAAGCAUGAAACAAUAAAGAAUGUGAUCCCAGAAGCAGCUGUGACACCACCUUCUAAGACCCACUUGCAGUUAUUGGACUAUGAAGGUGCUAUUGAUCUUGGUGGGAGCUACAGUCAGGAAGACAAAGAAAUUGAUGCUACUGCAGAAGAGAAGGCAGUAGAGUCAGAUGAAGAGGAGAAGGAAGAUUUUGAGAAUCAAAUUGACAAUGAGCGAAGCCUUAGAGGAGAUGUCUUUCUUCCCAAUGUGAAAGAAGCAGCUGCUUUUGGCCCUCUCCUGGCACAGAGGAAAGUUCCAGUGUCAAGACCAGAGCAAGAAGUUGAUUGCAGCUUCAAUCGAGGAGUCUGUGACUGGAAACAAGAUGCUGAUGAUGACUUUGACUGGAAUCCUGCUGAUCGAGAUAGAGGUGAUGGGUACUACAUGGCAGUUCCAGCUUUUGUGGGGCACAAGAAUGAUAUGGGGCGUCUAAAAGUUCUCCUCACCGACCUCAAACCAAAGAGCAGCUACUGCUUGAUUUUCAGCUAUCGGCUUGCUGGGGAGAAAGUGGGGAAACUGCGAGUGUUCCUGGCAAACAAAACAACAGCUCCUGUCUGGGAGCAGAGCAAAGCAAAAGAUGAACGGUGGAGAACUGGAAAAAUAGAGAUAUUUCAGGGGGCUGAAACAACUAACAGUGUCACUUUUGAAUCAGAACGUGGGAAGGGCAAAACUGGAGAAAUUGGAGUGGACAAUGUUAUACUAGUUCCAGGUCUAUGCCCAGAAGAUACCUGAUAAUGGGUAAUUGAGUAUACUGUAUUUAAUCCUAUUUUUCAUAUUUGCCUUACUAGUAGUGUAUUUUUGUAUCAUUUUCUUUAUAAAGAAAACCAAAAUAAAGCCAUAAAACUAAUGCCUUGAACUUAAUGCGACAAAGAAAACAGAAAACCCAACAUGUGCAAGAUGCAGGGUACACUUUUUUAUGAGUGUUCUAAUUCUAAUACAUGUUUUGAAUGUAGCACUAUUGUAUUUUAUAAUUCAAGGUUGGGGUUUCUAAAGUAUUAUUUGUCUAGUUUUUGUACAAAUUCCAAAUGCUUUUAUUUCAUAAAGUUCUUAUCCAGGCUGUUCUUAAGUCUUUUGUUUCUUCUACUCCACAAGAACAUAAAGCAGUAUUUAAAAGGAUGUUAGUACUUCUGGUGACAUAAUUUUAACUUCUUACUUAGU